AUGUUUAAAUUACGAACUCAUACAGUCAAACAAUGGCUACUUUAAAGAUUUCAUAAAUCUGUAAAUAGUUAAUAUAUAAUUGAUCCAAAAGAAGAAGUAUAUUAUUGUUAUAUUUAGGAAUAUAAAUAAGAAUUGGCAUAAUUAUUUGCUAAAUUCGAUUAAGAAGGAAAAGGCGAAAUUCAAAAAUAUGAAUUACUUACUCUUCUUAAUAAAUAUGGAAUUUCCAUAAAUGAAUAAGAAUUAACAGCCUAUAUUAAAUAGGCUAAUCCAAAAAGUGGUCGUUUUAUAACAACUGAAUAAUUCAAAUAGUGUGUUUUAUCUGAAAAAUCAAAACUCUUCCUUAAAAAAUUGAUAAAUAAAUCAAAUGAAAGAAACCCUCAAAACUAUUUUCCUACUGACAUUACAAAAGUUUUAAAUUAAGUUCAUUACUUAAGUGAAAGAGGCAGACUCUUAUCAUAAAUUGAAGAUAAAUUAAUUUCAAAUGAAUAAAAACUUUAACCUUUAAGUAGACUAAUGAACCUAAGUCGUGAGAUCACAAUUGCAGAACAUAAACCAUAAUCUAAAUAUCCUUUAAGAUUACCUAGAGCUAAGUCAACCUCUACUACAAAUUAUAAUAGUAUAUCUACUGCUAUUACAUUGCCUUCUACAUCCAAUUCGAGAUUUGGAGAUAAUCGUAUAUCUUUUAGAAAGCAUCCUACUCAAUACUGUGAAUGA